UCGUUGGAAGCUCAGAGAACAUGCGAUUUGCUUGGAGCACUCUUGUGUGCAUCAUCGCUUGGAUAAUGAUGAUGUUGACUGGCCACCUAGAAAUCGAGAGCAAGGAGAACUGUUACAACGUGAUUCUAACCUACGCAAACUGGACAGACGACCGUCCCCGGUUUGUAGUGAACAUGACAUUUUCGAACCAAACUGGGAUUGGCUCCCUUACCACAAUCAACGAGGAGAUCGCCUCGCCUGUGUCCCGAAUCCUAAUCGUUCAGCGCUCCAGCAAGGAGAAGCCCCGCACCAUAUACAAUGCCUCCACCAGAUUGUGCGACUUGCAAAAUGUUUUCAACUCGGUCCCGCUGUUCAAGCCCGUCAAGGACAACGUGCUGAAACAAAGUAACUACUCACUCAGCUGUCCGCUCACCAAGGGAACCUACGCCAUGAACAACAUGCGUAUCAAUCCAAAGAACCCGCUCCUGGGCUUGCUCUAUCAGCCGAAGCACUCCUUCACGGUAAAGGGAGGACUAUAUGAGGAGCUGCCCCGCGGCCGGAUAAGGCCGUUGUCUACUUAUUUUAUGGCGGGCAAGGUUAUAAAAAAGUCCUGUGGUGCCAACGAAUGAGUCGGCAGGAAGAACGUCUUGUCUCAGCAAAAUAAAUCAGCAUUCAACAAAAACACCUGUCCUGCUCUCGAUUACCUCUUGUGGAACUUGUGAAAAUGCAUCGCUCCAGUUAAUCAAGGAGAUUGAUGUCAAUCACAAAAGGCCAUGCUGACUGUGUGACAAAUUACUUGGACGUACAUUCUGUAUACUGCUACAUCCCCAAAAAUAUGCUUCCCCAAAUUAACAAACCGAUUCAAUUUUAUAAUAAUAAGUGAUGAACAAUAGUUGUUUAACAAAAAAUAAAAA